AUGGGUUGCAGUCAUUCCAAUACAAAAUCGACUUUUAAUGAAACGCCAUUUGGAACGAAUAAUGGUGAAGCAAUCAGCCCCGACAAGAAAGAGGAUAGCACCAAUUUCGAAGAACAACGUCAAUACCCUUCAUCAGAAGCUUUCAUAGUAUCCUUGGACACUGGCUCCCAACCUGAAGAUUACCACGCGGCUGACUCAACUGCUGCUGAAUUAGUUAAUGCAAAAAAAAUUCCCAAACGGUUGCAGCAAUUAAUGCAACAACCAAGUUCAAGUGAAUCAAAAACUACUCGGGAGGAUUUGGAGGAAAAACUUGCUAAAGCCGAACAACGACGAUUAGAGUAUCAGCAGCACAAAAUUUUUGCAGUUCAAAGAAUAACUCAAUUCAAAGAUAUAUCCAUUCAGGAAAAAGUAGAUUAA